CCCAGCUCAUUCCACUGGUCGUGGAGAGACAGGGGUCUGUGACGAAGAUCAAAACUUCUUUGCAGACAAAAUUAGAUAAACAUCUGAAAUGGAUCAAGAUACAGGGCUAUGGGGAGAUGGUAUUGCAGCGUAAAGAGCACGUACAGUGUGCCUUGGAAAUGCAAGAAUUCUUUCAGCAGGAGCAGGCACAAAUACAAAGAAUGCUGGACGUGCAAGAAGAGCGAAUCCACUUCAACAAGAAAGAGCGAGCAAAAAAUGAAAAAGAUGAACAAAAGAAUUGUGACCAAAUGUUUACAAAUCCCCAGACAAACCUAAAAACACUGAAGACCCUGAGCCCGUAUAAGCACUUAACCUCUUCAUCCGGAAUAACAACUGCUCUUCCCUCAAUGCAUUCAAAUAAUACAAAGAUGAAGAACUCACCAUCUGGAACUGUACAAAGUAGUCCAAAAGCCAAGGAGGAGGCCACAGUCCGGUCAUCUCCCGUUUCAUCUCCUUUAAGUGCAUCACAGCUGGACACCAAACUGUCUAAUCAAGCGAAGCUGGGUAGCAACAGCCAGUCACAGGCCUCACCUUGUGAUUCAAUGAUCGUGAGUGGGAACCAUGGCUCGAAAGCUUCCCAAGGUUCAGGAGGAAACCUGGGACUAAAAAAUGGGCAAGGACUGGGGACAAGCAGUGUGAUAAAAGGGAAGGGCAAGAGGGAAAGAAGCACUUCCGCUGACUCUUUUCAACAAAGUGAUCCUGGCACACCCAACAAUGAAUCCGAACGUAAAGAUGAAGGCAGCAGAAGCAAGCGACUUUGUGUCACAGAAAGAGGUCAGCCAUACAGUGGUGCUGAGUGGUGCUCAGGGACAGAGAGCGAAGAAGAGGAACAGAGCUUAUUCAACUGUAACUCUGCUGAGAGUGUCAAGCCCCAGGAACAACUGGCAGCACUCUCCUUCCCUUCUUCCAAUCCAGAUGCCUGUAGGUCUUCCACUCCUUCACACCAUUCUGUUGGAGACCAGAAUCUGAUGCCAGAAUCUAGCACCACCCAAAAGACCCCUUCUAAAGUUGUAUAUGUCUUCUCUACAGAUAUGGCCAACAAGGCUGCAGAAGCUGUCCUGAAGGGAGAAGCAGAAUCUAUUUUUGUCUUCCAUAUGCAGAAUAUUUCAAAUACAAGGACAGAGAAGGAGAGUCCACUAAGUAACAUUCUGCAGAACAAUCAAGUACCUGUUCACCAAAUUGCUUCACUAAGCCAUCAGCAAUCAUCUAUACCUCAGAAGCAAGAACAAAACAUUCAACAGACAUCAAGACUGCCACAGAACCAAUCCCAGCAAGGUGCAGGAUCCAAGCAUGUCGACUCCCAUGGGAUUGUUGGUCAGGACAAUGAAGGCAUGGACAAUAAAACGUAUCAUGAUGCAAGUCCCCAAAGUUCUGUUCCAUUACCUGUUGAGAAUGCUUGUAGAAACUCUGCAUCUAGUGACCAAACAUCCACUACUGUUGCACAAAAUGCUUAUACAACAACAAACAGUGCAGAAGCAGAAUCAAAGAGCGAGUCAAAGGAGGCAACACCAUUGACACCUGCACAUCGCACUUUGAAUAUGGGAGAAAAUCCAGAGGGUCUGUCUCAGGAACAGUUAGAGCACAGGGAGCGUUCAUUACAGACACUGCGUGACAUUCAGAGAAUGCUCUUUCCCGAAAGUGAAAAUUCAGGAGGUUCAAGCAGUUGUCCCAUGCAGAACACUGGAGGACACAAAGCUCCAUCCAAAAAGCCUGAAGGACCUCUGAAGACCAUGAUUUUGCAAUCACAAAGUAUAGGAAAAUCACCAAGUUCUUGGUCAGAAGUUCAGCCAUUUGAGGUGUUGAGUCAUCGUGAUGUUCUUUUCCAGCCAGCUGCAAUAAGACCACCACAAAAUGUAAUUAAUUCACAACUGGGACAGGAACACAUGGAUCACAUGACUCCAGAGCAACUGGCAUGGUUGAAGCUGCAGCAGGAAUUUUACGAAGAAAAACGAAGGAAACAGGAACAGGCUGUCCAGCAUAGAACAGUACAAGAUAUCAUCCUGCACCAGCAUGGCCCAAGAAGUAUAAUUAGAGGGCCACCACCACCUUAUCAAAUAAAUCCAGGAGAAGGAUGGGUACCUGGGGAAUCAGAAUCUUUCGAAGGAGCGAACCCUCCAAACUCUGUACAUCAUCGAAGUCAAGCUCACCAUUCAGGGAUUUGUGGAAAUCAGUUGCAGAGAAUGCCUAGCUUUACGGGAAUGUUAAAUCCCGAUGUAGGCACUGCUGGUGGCCCACAUCCAGUACCAAGACUUGGUCUUCCGGGCGUUAACUGGCCAGAUGAUAUGCCAAAAAUGCCAGAAAAUAGAAACUUCCCUCAUGGGCCAGGACUUUUUUGUGGGACAGGCCGUGGGGAGAGAUUCCCAAACCCUCAGAACAUGCAAGAAGAUCUAUUCCACCAUCGGAGAGCUGAAAAGCAGCUAACAAUGUCUCCGAGAAUGAGAAUGGACAAUGUACAGUCAGGAAUGGACAUGAACAGACUGUUUCAAUCACAAAGACAUCUGGACCCUGCAAAUGGCAACAUAUUUCCAAGAUUACCAGGCGAUGGCAUUCCAAGUCCUAACAGAUUAGAAUUUUUUGAUCCAAAAGGAAUGCCAUUGCAGUCAGGACCAGGCAGACUCUUGGAAGUUGGAAUGAUACCCUCUAGCAUGAACAUGAAUAUGAACGUCAACAUGAACCUGAAGGUAAGCAUGAGCUCCAGCACUCAGACUGUGUUGCAAAAACAAGGCCCUGAAGCAGAAGUUCCCCACAAUGUGAGCCCUGAAGAUGGCAUGAAAAUGAGGCAAUCAAACAAUAGAAAAAUGUUGGCUGACCAGCAAAAAAUGUUACCAUCACAGUUCACCAAUCAACCACAAGAAUUUAUGGGGUCUCGUCCUUUUUCUGGUGUGCCUCCGGGGCCAGGAGCAAUACGGUCAGGCAAUACAAAUGAUCAGUUUGUAAAUGAACAUUUAGCUAAUAUGGGAAGCAAUGCAAGGCUAAGUCACAUGCCAUCCCUCCCUCCAAAUCUGUCCACUAAUCCAACCAUUCUCAAUGCAAUCCUCCCAGUUCAACAAAGUCUUGGCCAAAAGUCAUCAGAUUUGAAUGUUUCUGGUCAGGCGAACUCUCCAGGGGUGAAUUCUUUGAAGUCACCAACAAUUCAACAGGUGCAGUCCCCAGUCGUUGUUUCACCAUCAACUAACCUCAAGUCCCCACAAGCACCAUCUCAGCUUGCUGGCAUUCUGCCUGGUCAAGCAGCUGCAGCAUCCAUCAAGUCUACCCCUAUUAUUCAGUCUGCAGUUUCUUCCCCAGUCCAUCUCAAAUCACCAUCUCUUCCAGCUCCUUCACCUGGAAGGACUUCAUCGCCUAAAUCUCGGCUCCAGAGUCCAGAGAUCCAACAGAAUAAUAAAGCCUUUAUUAGUUUAACAUCAUAUGCCAUGAUGGGAACUAUGGAAUCAGGGGGUCCACCGCCAGAAAAGUCCCGGCAGUCAGACUCGAUGAAUCUUUCUGGAAGUCUUCCAUCCCACACUCCUUAUUCAGUGCCCCCUGAGCCAAGCCUUUCCCAAAAUCCCUUAUCUAUCAUGAUGUCCCGAAUGUCAAAAUUUGCCAUGCCUAGUUCCACACCAUUAUACCAGGAUGCAAUCAAGGCACUUGCCAGCUCAGAUGAUGACUCACCACCUGCACGAUCGCCAAACCUUCAAUCCAUAAACCAUGUGCCAGGAAUGGGUUGUCACUUAAACCAAGCACGAUUGUCAGCCCCUCUUUCAGCUGGGCAAAUGCCUUCCCUAAGCCCAACGGGAAUGAGUGUUCUUGGAGGACACCCUCUUACCCAUCACCUGACAAGCCAAAUGUCUUCUCCAAAUCCCAUUGGGCCCAACAUUGCAUCACAUGGCCCGAUGGGACCCAGCAUGAUAUCUCAUGGUCCCAUGAUGCCACAUACUACCCAGGAUCCAUCAAUAACUAAUCAACAGAUGUUACAUCAAGGAUUCAUGGGCUUUUCUCAAGGACAGCAAGUUUUCCAGUCAGUGCAGUCACCAACUCAUCAGAUUUCCUUUCUAUCAAAUGACCCUGGUGCACAGGGAUAUUUUCCACCAGGAAUAGCAUUUUCUGGAGAAGGAAGACUGCUUGGCCGUCCGAAUACUCGACCUUCUCCAGACCAAAAUCUUUGUAAGUCAGUGCCACCAGGUGUGUCAGACUCUUUCACUGCUAUGGGAAAUAACAUGCCUUCCAUCUACGAUGACCCUGAAUUGCAAGACGUCAUCCGCACUAGUGCUUCUGGAAUCCCUGAGUUUGACCUUUCUAGAAUACUUCCAUCAGAGAAGCCUAGCCAGACACUGCAAUAUUUUCCCCGUGAUGUUCAGGGUCACAAGCAGCUGCAAAUUCCCAGUCCUGGUUUUUUGCAUGUGCAAGGAUUGAUGGGAGAACCAAAUCCAGGCAGAAUAGGAUUACCAAUACCUAAUGUAGGAGGACCUAAUGUUGUUGGAGUUCAGGAAAUGGCUAUGGGUAAUGUUGCCUCCAUCCCAGUCCAUAACCCCAUGAGACUACCUGGCUUUAUGCAUCAAGGCAUGAUGGGUCCUCAGCAUCGGAUAAUGUCACCGCCACAAGGUGGCAUGUAUUCACAGGUGAACAAUCCAAAUGCAAUUAUGAUUCAUGGAAAGGGCCCUGAAAGUAUGUAUAGUCACCCCGGCACAGUAGGAUCUCCUCAGCACAACAUGAUGAUGUCACUACAAGGGAUGGUGGCACCUCAACAGAAUAUGAUGAUACCAACCCAAAUGAGGCCUAGGGGUAUAGCUGCUGAUGUAGGCAUGGACUUUAACCAAGGACCAUGCAACUCAGGAAUAUGAUGUUUUAGCUGCUUACAGACAUUACAGUUAGAAAAUUUAUCCUAA